AUGGGGAACUGCUUGUUCGGCGGCGGGGGAGGUGAAGCGAUUAGGGUGAUAACCUCAACCGGAGCCAUCCUCGAAUUCCACUUUCCCAUAACCGCCGGCAGCCUCGCCGGCGAGUUCCCCGGCCACGCAAUCUUCCCAUCCCACGACCUCUUCUGGACCCCACUCUCCCUCUCCGACCACCUCCGCCCCGGCCACUCCUACUACCUCCUCCCAAACCCGAAAUUGCCACCCGCCGGAAAUCCAUCGUCGUCGUUGUCCUCCGUCAAAGAAGGCCACGUCAGAUCGAAGAGCUCCCCUUCCUCUCUCACCGGCCUCACGCCUUACCGGAUGUCCUUGGACUCCAAUUACCACCAGGGUGCCAUGAAGAGGUCGCAUACAGAGGCGUUUUCUCUACCCUCCUCUGUUUCCGGCGGGAAGGUUCGGAAUCAGGAGGAGGCAGGGUUCUGGAAAGUGAAGCUGGUGAUUGGCACCGAUCAGCUGCUGGAAAUUCUGUCUCAUGAGGGUUCUACUCACGAUUUGGUCCGUAAUGUCAGCGCGGUGGCGAAAUGCGGCAGUGGGUACUCGACUGCCCUGACUUCUAGGUCCUGCUCGGCGGCGGUGUCGUCGUCGUCGUCGGAUUCGUCGUCCUCUGCUUCGUCGGUUGUUGGGUUUUCCGAUGAUUGGAUUGCUGCUGGCGUGUCUAGUUGCACUAGCAGUAGCAGAAAUGGUUCUGCGAAGAAGGAUCGUCGCAGCUUGGUUGGAGUUGCAGUUGCUUCUUGA